AUGUCGCGACGGCCUCCCAACCCAGCAGCUGAGCGCGCUGCGCAGAACACACAGACGAUCAAGAGUCUUUUGAAACUGGAAGGCAAUAAGACGUGUGCGGACUGCAAAAGAAAUAAGCAUCCGAGAUGGGCAAGCUGGAACCUGGGCAUCUUCAUUUGCAUAAGAUGUUCGGGCAUCCAUCGAGGGAUGGGAACACAUAUCAGCAGAGUCAAAUCCGUGGACCUCGACGCCUGGACAGAUGAGCAGUUACAAAGCGUCUUAAAAUGGGGCAAUUCGAGAGCGAAUAAAUACUGGGAGGCAAAGCUGGCGCCGGGACACGUGCCCUCUGAAGCAAAGAUUGAGAACUUUAUUAGGACGAAGUACGAAUCGAAGAGGUGGGUGAUGGAGGGGCCGAUGCCGGAUCCUUCGACUUUGGAUGCGGAUGGUGAUGAUGAUGUGCCGCUGAGUUUGGUGAAGGAAAAGCAUGCUAUUGAGCGUUCAACUUCACAACGGGCUGAAGCGGGGCAAGCUGCAGGUGCAGGUCCUUCGCAGGUUAGGAGAUCUCAACAGCCUGAUUUGUUUGGAGAUGACGCUGGUUCUCCUCCUCCGAGAGCCAGUACUGCUGCCCCUGUUACCUCAAGACCUCCGCCGAAGUCAGAGCCUGCUCCCCCGAAACAGACAAAGCCUGCGGAUUCAUUAUUAGGAUUGGAUUUCUUUGGGACUGAGGCUCCUCCACCGAAUCGACCAUCGAGUGCCACUGCUACACCAGGAGCCCAAUCACGGCCCGAUUUGAAGCAGUCUAUAUUGUCUCUGUACGCCUCUGCUCCUAAACCGCAACAGCAACCGCAACGCCUGCCAUCCCAUGUUUCGAGUGGAUCUUUUGGUGGUAUGCAAUCUGCUAUGCAGCAAUCGCCUCCAGCCCAACAAACACAGUUUGGAGGAAUGAAUGAUGCGUUCAGCAACCUAGGCUUCUCUGGCCAAAAAUCACCUACUAUGCAGGCCCAACCAAAGCAAUCAGCUUUCUCAGCUUUAGGCAACCUAUCAUCCCAACGAGCCCCUACGCAAACCUCACCACCUGCCCUCGGCGGAGGUAGUUUCUUCGAGGCAAAGCCCGUCCAGCAAUCCCCACCCCCACAACCCACACGAGGCUUUAGCUCCUCCAGCGGAUUUGGAGCUUUCGACUCAGCACCAGGAAUGUCUCCUGCUCCUCUAUCAAACACAGCCAGCUCCGGACUCAACGACCUCUUCGACUUCUCCUCCCCCGCGCCCCAAGCAUCCCCAAAACAAACAGUCGCCUCCCCUUCUGCCCAACACUCCUCGGUAUUCAACCUCUCUCAACCCACCCCAGCACCAAAGCCUCAACCACCUGCAGCUACAAUUAGCGGAUGGGGCUCUAACAAUGAUGCCUGGGGUUCAAACGACGCUUGGAGCUCUGCCAGCGCCCCAAAGAGUCCUCCGAUUAGUAAACCUGCGCCUCCACAAGCCAGCACUGGGGAUUUCGGAUGGGGAAAUCUAGCAAGUCAAAGCAUAGUCCCUGGAGGUGGAGGAGGUUUUACCCCAGCAAGUCACGCCCCACCGAAAGUUACAGCAGAUGAAGAUUUCGGAGGAUGGAGUGCAGCACCUUCUGCUCCUACUGUUGGCCAUGGACAUGGAGCUGCACCUGCGAAGCCUGCUACAGGCUUUGCAGCUAGUGAGGAUUUGUUUUCGAAUGUUUGGGAGUGA